AUGAACACACCAAAUUAUUAUGCAGCUUUGGCCGUGCGCGAAGAUGCGCCGAUGAGGGAAAUUUGCCAAGCCUAUCAGCAAUAUGCUCCAUUAUGUCAUCCGGAAUCGAAGGACUACGAUCCGGAAGCGUUCCCGAUCAAGAAUCUCGAGCAACGCGAGUAUUGGCUGCUGAUCAAUGAAGCGUGCGAGGUUUUAACGAACGCAGAGUGGCGUGCUCGCUAUAAUGUUGGUACGCUGAAGGAGCACUUCCCGGUGUAUGAGUUCAGCGGCAACUGUUUCGAAAUAUUCCAACAUUUUGCUAUCAAUCCCCGUUCGUACGCACUAAUGCCGCCCGAUGAAAACAACAAUGAAACAGCAGCUCCUCAUGAGCUGGAUAUAGCAUCACUACUGACCGUACCAUCAUUGGUAUUUCAUUUGGAGUUGGAAAUUGAAGAAUGCUUCCAUGGAACAACGAAAGAGAUCACCUUCCCGAGAAGCUUUACCGUCGAAGGUAGAUACCGUACGGUCUGGCAGACGAUGGCCAUCCCGAUUUCACCGUACAUGCGCCACGGCGGUUUAUUUCAAAUGAAAGGGUUUGGCCAUCGGAUCGAUGAAAUGUGGAGUGAUGUGUCGGUGAUACUGGUCGUAAAGCCACACCACACAUUCACCGUUGUCGGGGAUGAUCUGAUGGUCAACGUCACCGUCCCACUGUCCGCGGCCCUGUUUGGCGGAAUUUUACACGUACGGUCGAUCGACCAGAAGUUGUUGACCACUGACAUAAUUCCUCCAUUCCCAACCGCAUUACCGAUGGUGAAACAGUUCCAGGGCGAAGGUAUGAAAACACCCACUGGCCGCGGUAACCUGUUCGUAAAUAUAUAUCCCACCAUACCCCGAGUGCCUCAUCAUUUGCUUUACGACGCGACACGCAUCAUACAUGCGAUCGACGCUCAACAUCUGCCACAUACUGUAGCGCGCGUAAAACUCAUCAAUGGAACCGUCCGCGCGCUUUCCCGCGUUAUCACGUUGCUGCUACUUCCACCCAGGACAGCACAGUUUUAA